AUGUCUUCUUCCUUCUUCCUUUCUUUCUUUCCUUUUCUUUUCUUUCUUUCUUUUUCCACACUUUGUAGUAAUGUCUUUUCUCCUUCCCCUUUCUUUCUUUCUUUUCUUUCUUUUCACCUUUCUUUCACACUGUGUAAAGUAAUGUCUUUUCUCCUUCCCUCUUUCUUUCUUUCUUUCUUUCUUUCUUUCUUUCUUUUUCUUUCUUUCUUUCUUUUCCACACUUCAGUUGUAAUUUCUUUUCUUUCCCAUUUUCUUUCUUUCUUUCUUUCUUUCUUUCUUUCUUUCUUUUCUUUCUUUUCUUUCUUUUCCAACUUCCCUCUUAAUAUCUUUUUUCUUUCUUUCUUUCUUUCUUUCUUUUCUUUCUUUCUUUCUUUCUUUCUUUUCACACUUCAGUGUAAUGUAAAUGUAUCUCCUUCCCCUCUUUUCUUUCUUUCUUUCUUUCUUUCUUUCUUUCUUUCUUUCUUUCCACACUUCAGUGUAAGUAAUGUUUCUUUUUUCUUUCUUUCUUUCUUUCUUUCUUUCUUUCUUUCUUUCUUUCUUUCUUUUCCACACUUCAAUGUAAGUAAUAUCUUUCUCCUUCCCUCUUUCUUUCUUUCUUUCUUUCUUUCUUUCUUUCUUUCUUUCUUUUUCUUUCUUUCUUUUCCCACACUUCAGUGUAAUGUAAGUAAUGUCUUUUCUCCUUCCCUCUUUCUUUCUUUCUUUCUUUCUUUCUUUCUUUCUUUCUUUUCUUUCUUUCUUUUCACACUUCAGUGUAAUAAUUCUCUUUUCUCCUUCCCCUCUUUCUUUCCUUUUCUUUCUUUCUUUCUUUUCUUUCUUUCUUUCUUUCCACACUUCAGUGUAAGUAAUUCUCCUUGUCUUUUCUCCUUCCCCUUUCUUUCUUUCUUUUUCUUUUUUCUUUCUUUCUUUCUUUCUUUCUUUCUUUCUUUUUUUCCACACUUCAGUGUAAGUAAUGUCUUUUUUCCUUCCCUUUUCUUUCUUUCUUUCUUUCUUUCUUUCUUUCUUUCUUUCUUUCUUUCUUUUCCACCUUCCAUAAUGUCUUUUCUCCUUCCCUUUUCUUUCUUUCUUUCUUUCUUUCUUUCUUUCUUUCUUUUCUUUCUUUCUUUCUUUCUUUCUUUUCCACACUUCAUUGUAAGUAAUGUCUUUCUCUUCCCCUCUUUCUUUCUUUCUUUCUCUUUCUUUCUUUCUUUCUUUCUUUCUUUUUUCCACUUCAGUGUAAAUCAUACCUUCUCCUUCCCUCUUUUCUUUCUUUUUUCCCUUUCUUUCUUUCUUUCUUUCUUUCUUUCUUUCUUUUCCCUUUCUUUUUCUUUCUUUUCCCUCUUUCUUUCUUUCUUUCUUUUUUCCACACUUUCUUUGUUUCUUUCUUUUCUUUCUUUUCUUUCUUUCUUUCUUUCUUUCUUUUUCUCCUUUUCUUUUCCUUUCUUUCUUUUUUCUUUCUUUCUUUCUCUUUCUUUUCUUUCUUUCUUUCUUUCUUUUCACACUUCAGUUGUAAGCAAUAUCUUUUUCUCCUUCCCUCUUUCUUUCUUUCUUUUCUUUCUUUCUUUCUUUCUUUCUUUCUUUCCACACUUCAGUGUAAGUAAUGUCUUUUCUCCUUCCCUUUCUUUCUUUCUUUCUUUCUUUUCUUUUCUUUCUUUCUUUCUUUCUUUCUUUCUUUCUUUUCACACUUCAGUUGUAAGUAAUGUCUUUUCUCCUUCCCCUCUUUCUUUCUUUCUUUCUUUCUUUUCUUUCUUUCUUUCUUUCUUUCUUUCCACACUUCAGUUAAUGUCUUUUUUUCCUUCCCCUCUUUCUUUCUUUUCUUUCUUUUCUUUCUUUCUUUCUUUCUUUCUUUCUUUCUUUUUUUCUUUCCACACUUCCAAUUCAUGUCUUUUUCUCCUUCCUCUUUCUUUUCUUUCUUUCUUUCUUUCUUUCUUUCUUUCUUUCUUUCUUUCUUUUUUUCCACACUUCAAAGUGUAUGUAAGUAAUUUCUUUUCUCUUUUCUUUCUUUCUUUCUUUCUUUCUUUCUUUCUUUUUCUUUCUUUCACACUUCCAGUGUUCUUUUCUCCUUCCCUUUUUCUUUUCUUUCUUUCUUUCUUUCUUUCUUUCUUUCUUUUCCACACUUCCAGUGUAAGUAAUGUCUUUUCUCCUUCCCUCUUUCUUUCUUUCUUUCUUUCUUUCUUUCUUUCUUUCUUUCUUUCUUUCUUUUUUCCACACUUCAGUGUAAGUAAUGUCUUUUCUCCUUCCUCUUUCUUUCUUUCUUUCUUUCUUUCUUUCUUUCUUUCUUUCUUUUCUUUCUUUUCCACUUCAGUUUUAAGUUGUCUUUCCCCUCUUUCUUUCUUUCUUUUUCUUUCUUUCUUUCUUUCUUUCUUUCUUUUCCACACUUCAGUUAAUGUCCUUUUCUCCUUCCCCUCUUUCUUUCUUUCUUUCUUUCUUUCUUUCUUUCUUUCUUUCUUUCUUUCUUUUCCACACUUCAGUGUAAGUAAUGUCUUUUCUCCUUCCCCUCUUUCUUUCUUUCUUUCUUUCUUUCUUUCUUUCUUUCUUUCUUUCUUUCUUUUCCACACUUCAGUUGUAAGUAAUGUCUUUUCUCCUUCCCUCUUUCUUUCUUUCUUUCUUUUCUUUUCUUUCUUUCUUUCUUUCUUUUCUUUUUUCUUUCUUUUUUCCACACACUUCAGUGUAAGUAAUGUCUUUUCUCCUUCCCCUCUUUCUUUCUUUCUUUUCUUUCUUUCUUUCUUUCUUUCUUUCUUUCUUUCUUUUCCACACUUCAGUGUAAGUAAUGUCUUUUCUCCUUCCCCUCUUUCUUUCUUUCUUUCUUUUUUCUUUCUUUUCUUUCUUUCUUUUCUUUCUUUCUUUUCCACACUUCCAGUUGUAAGUAAUGUCUUUUCUCCUUCCCUUUCUUUCUUUUCUUUCUUUCUUUCUUUCUUUCUUUUUUUUCUUUUUUCUUUCCACACUUCAGUAAGUAAUGUCUUUUCUCCUUCCCUUUUCUUUCUUUCUUUCUUUCUUUCUUUUCUUUCUUUCUUUUUCUUUCCACACUUCAGUGUAAGUAAUGUCUUUUCUCUUCCCCUUUCUUUCUUUCUUUCUUUCUUUCUUUCUUUCUUUCUUUCUUUCUUUCUUUUCCAAGUGUAA